AUGGGCGACCCCAACCUGCCCGAUGAAAACAUUACGUGGUACAAAAACGGCCCAGAGGUCAUGAACAUCACCACAGACGAGACACACAGGAUCCAUUACCAUGGAGGAGCGCUGUUUUUCUUAAACAUCAGCGCUAACGACGCUGAUCAGCUCAUCUGUGAACGUUUCUUUCUCCACAGGCACAUUGAGCCAUCAGGUGAAUGUUUCUACUAUCACCUGAAGAUCGAGGUCUUCAAUGAAGCAAGUCGAGAGAAUUUGACCUAUGGCUCAAUCCAAAACUCUGCGCAGAACAUAAACAUUCCUUGUCCGCAGCCUGUUAAAGACACAUGCAAAACAUUUAAUGGGAAAUUCACCUGGUUCCAGGGCAAGAAUCUCAUUCCUGGUGAACAUAAAGGAAACCUGUGGAUAAAUGAUGCAACAAAAGAUGAUGAGGACAUCUACACCUGCUUAUGUACCUGGACUCACAACCACAUGGUGUACAAUUCUUCUGGUUCCAGGAAACUUUUUGUUUUAGAGAAAGCUGUUUAUGAAAAAGUGAAAAUCAUCUCUCCAAACACUAAGGAGCAGCUGGUUAAGAAAGGCUCCAGCAUGAAGCUGAACUGCACUGUUGACUGUGGGAUCAAUGCAGAACGGGAGUGUGAGGCCACCUGGUUGAUCAAUGGAAGCCCAGCAAAGCAGAUGAACGGAUACAACGAAACCACCAAGUUAGAGAUAGAGGAUCCUUCAAAGAAAACCUUCUUCACAGCGACUCUGACCAUCGCAAAGGUUUCAGCAGAAGAUUUCCAGCAUGAGUUUAAGUGUCAGGGUUCAGGCUUUUAUACGGCAGCCUUUUCAACUCUGACUCUGAAGAACGAUGGUUAGUGUCAGGAUGCGUUCCUAAACUUUACAGCCUCUGCUUCUGCAAAUGUGAUAUUUGUAGAAGCAACUGUUAAUGUUGCUGGCGAUAUUACGCUGACCCAAACGAACAACCAUCAUCAUCCUGGCAUAUCCAUGUUUAUUUGGUUUGGUUUGUGCAUGUUUGAUUGCGUACCUUGUGUUACUUAUAUUAAAUUUUUCUUGGCAAAUUCUGUUGAUUUUUCUGUCGUUAAGUUGUUACCAUAUAAGUUAAUUCCUCUGCGUUUGCUUAUUUUUGUUUUGAUCUGCAUCCUGUAAUGGAGGGUUUUCACAUGUGGGCCUUAAAAUUCAUUCAGACAGCUUUUUAGUUCUCAUUAGUAGCUUCAUCUUUCUUGAGCUAGAAAGAUGAAGCUCUAAACUUCUUACACCGGCUCCUUGAAGUGAACACAGCAGAUUGUUCACACUGAAGUCACCCAAUUCCGAUUUCUUUGACGUAGUGCGACCUUUAUCCGAUCUUUUCAUGAAAAUCUGUACAGCACAGGUCGGAUUCUUUUCGAAUGCGACCCAGGCCACUUGCAUAUCCAAUUCAUUGCAUAUCCGAACUGAACGUCACUGAUACUCAACAAAUCUCACUGU